AAAUGGGCUUUGAACUUCACAAGAUACAUAAAUAGAACCGACGUCCUAAACGGAGACGACGCAGGUUGUGUGGCAGACAGUUGGCUAUCUCUGGGACUUCAAUUCAGUAACCAAAUAAUGCAUACUCGUUGAGCUACAGUACUUGCCUAUCUUUUUCGGUAGUGAUAUUAUCAUUAACCCUUCGCUAAAUCGCUCUCAUUCGACAAGAAAAUACAACAAAUACUUAGCCAAGUUAGAAAGUCUGCUACUGACUAGCAGAUACAGAUGAUACAUACAGGUGGAAACUGGCUAGCUAAAUUAUCCGGCUAGCUUGAAGCAAUAUACGGUUGUAUUGCGCACAUCAAGAAAGUGGAAAUAGCUAGUCCAGUGAUACGACAAAUAAACACCAGUUAACUGUUAGCCAGCUAUCCUUCGACUCAUUAAAAGGCUAAUUAGGAAUGGACUUUACACUGGACUUUGCAGCAGGAUGCAUAGGAGGUGCUGCCGGUGUCUUGGUUGGUCAUCCUUUUGAUACUGUGAAGGUACGACUCCAAGUUCAGAAUGUGGACAGACCUCUGUAUCGCGGUACAUAUCAUUGCUUCCAGUCCAUCGUACGACAAGAGUCUAUGACCGGCCUGUACAAAGGUCUCGGCUCCCCCAUGAUGGGCCUGACUUUCAUCAAUGCCAUCGUGUUCGGAGUCCAGGGCAACGCCAUGCGCCGGCUAGGCAACGACACGCCGCUCAACCAGUUCCUGGCCGGCGCAGCAGCCGGCGCCCUGCAGAGUGUCAUCUGCUGCCCCAUGGAGCUGGCCAAGACGCGCAUGCAGCUGCAGGGCCUGGGCGAAAGGAAGUCCAAGCAGAAGCUGUACAAGAACUCGCUGGACUGUCUGGUGCGCAUCUACCGAAAGGAGGGCAUCCGCGGCAUCAACCGGGGCAUGGUGACCACGCUGGUCCGCGAGACGCCGGGCUUCGGGAUCUACUUCCUGACCUACGACGUCCUGACGCGCUCCCUGGGCUGCGAGCCGGACGACCCCUACAUGAUCCUCAAGCUGCUGUUCGCCGGCGGCAUGUCCGGCAUCGCCUCCUGGCUCUCCACCUACCCGGUGGACGUCAUUAAGUCGCGGCUGCAGGCAGACGGCGUGGGCGGGCGCAACCGCUACAGCGGGAUCGCGGACUGCGUGCGUCAGAGCGUGAGGCGCGAGGGCUGGCGGGUGUUCACUCACGGCCUCACCUCCACGCUGCUCCGGGCGUUUCCCGUAAACGCCACCACCUUUGCCACCGUGACUCUGUUCCUCAUGUACAUGCGGGACGGUGUCGUUGAGGACUGCGAGUCCCGCCCCUCGCUCACCGCUGGCCCUCAACAGGCUCAGCCCUCGAGCCUGUAAACCCCCCCCGGGGGUGGGGGGGGGGGGGUGACGUGGCGGUGCGUUCACUGCCCAGGCGUUACCGACUUCUGCCGGAUCUUAGCAGCGCUGGAAUGGGCAUUUCCUGGAUCCGCUGACCGCGGUGUGUUAUAGUGGUCUCAGUCGAUGACACGGUUGAUGACAUGGCACACAACCAUUGGUUGAUGACAUAUGCAACAUCUGAACAGGGGAAGCUGGAUUGGAACUGGUCUUGUAGUGUGCGUGCUAAGCUGCUAUAUACUACAGACCUGACCACUCAAUGUUAAGGUCACUACGAAUGCUAUAUUUUAUACAUUAUAUUUUCAGAUGGUAUAAUGACUUUGUAAAUACCCCUGUCCCUUUUUGACCCCUGACUUUGUACAGACUUGAUGUUGUGGACCCUGUCCUAUACUCACAUUUGUGGCCAAAGUGUAAAUUGGAGUGUAAGAAACACCUAAAACCCUCAUCUAACCCAUCAAAUGGAAAAAAUCCUUAUGCUCCACUUGGGGGAGACUGAGGUAGCCAAUCGGCGGUUCAUAGGAGGAUCUGGCCAAUCGGCAGUUCAGAGGAAGAAGAUCUGGCCAGUCAGCAGGCGUCUAAUUAAUAUUCAUAUUUUUGACUGGUACAGGGUCAUACUAAUUAAAGCUGCAUCCCAACACUGGAAAGCAGCUUUUUAAAUACUUACAGGAAAAAUCUUUAUUAAUUGUAGGUAGGACAUUUCCUAUAAACACUGGGCAGUUAUAUUUUAUUUUAAUUAACCGGUCAAUUGCAAAAGAACUCAAUCACUGAAAAAGCACUAAAAUGACUUGUCAUUCUUAGUCAUCCUGGUUACAAACUAAAGGUAUUAUAUAUUAUACAGUACAUGCACAGUAUCUCACAAAAGUGAGUACACCCCUCACAUUUUUGUAAGUAUUUGAUU